GCCAAAAUGCUCACCACGCGCCCUGUCUGCUUCUCCUGCGCCCUCGCCGCCAUACGGACUCAGAUAUCCCAUCAACAGGUCCGCCACGCAACACUUCUCCGCCGACCGAAACGGCCCUACACCUUCACCCAACUCAUCACACUCUCCGAUGGCUCCACUUUCUUGCAUCGAACCACGAGUCCCGCGCCCGUGUAUCGCAGUGCAAAGGAUACGAAGAAUACUGCUAUGUGGAAUCCUUCAAAUCAGAAAUUUGUGAAUAUCGAAGAAGACGAAGCGGGGAGAUUGAAGCGAUUCAGGAAAAGAUUCGGUAGGGGUUAUGAUGCGGAGAGCAUGGGCGAUGGAGAAGCAGCGCUAGAAGGACAAGAAACGUUGGCUCGUGAGGGAGAGGAUGAAAAUUUGUUGGACUUGAUCGGUGGGUAUAACAAGGAGGCAGAAAAGAAGGGAAACGUGGCAAGUGUGAAAGAAGAUACGAAAAGAAGUGGCAAAGAGAAAGGUGGGCAGAAGUAAGAGAGGAAGACUGCCAUGCGAAAACGCCGCAGUGCGUCGAGCUGUGGAUACCUAGGUAAGGCAGGACCUGUUCUCGCCGUGUAUUCAAGCCUUGGCCUAUUCCCGCGUCCGUGGAUCUGGAUGUCUGGCAGCGCGGUCAAAGGAGUCUGCGGUAGCCCAUCCGUACCUGAGGUCGCGUCCUUGUACGUAUCCUGCACCAUUACCAUCGAAGGUACAGUCGGUGCACCCCGACUGUACUGCCCUGGAAUACCUGUCACCAGUGAUUCAUCUCAAACUGCACGACUAUGGUUCUCCGAUUCGCAAUCGCGAGCUGUCUUGCCCAGAGUCCGCUCAAGUUGGCACUGGCGCAGCACAGGAACAGAAUAUGUAGUGAUCAUCUCCGUCGAGCAUUGAUCCUGCAUGUCUAAGGAACUGGGUUCAUCUGCUCUUCUGCUACCAUUCCGUACAAAUCGAAUUGUCAAUGGGUCGUUGAUCAAGCGCGGAGACGAGACGGCGCCCAUUGGUGCACCGGCGUGAGUGACCCAGGAGAACAAUCUCGUGAACAUUGGAGCCAAGUUUGGAAUUUUCUCGCUUGGGCGUCGCAAAUUCUGCUUUCUAGCACGAAUGCGCCGCGGAUUAUACGAUCGAUGGCCCGAGCGAUGCAGCCCGAUGCGGCUCGAUGUUCAAGAUGAGCAUGAAUUCCUCGUGGUGACCAGCACCAGUGCAUGCUUGCUCACUGAGGGGUGCAAUAUUGGCGAAGCUCCGAUCGUGCAUCGCUCCGGCACUGCGCCCAUCCUCCUGCCAGCACUACAGUCAUACGAACGGCGAUGUCAAUGCCUCGACCAAUGGAGUGGCGGACAUGCGUGGAUCUUGUGGACUGUGCAAAGGAUGUCUGCACCCGCUCGCGGGCUACAUAUGCGUGCAGCGACUUUGGCGACGUAGUGGGCGCGACGCAUUACAAUCACCCGCAUGGAUCCGGAGACGUGACACAGUCAUAGCACCGCAAGGUUCAUUGGAUAAGCACGCAACUUACAAAGGAGGAGCAAUAUGGAACUGUCUUCGUCACUCGGGGGCAGCGACGUGGACAGUCUACGUGGCAGUGGCAGGAGCAGGAGGAUGUUGUGAAUGCGAUCGCGAUUCAUGGAUAUGGCAGCCGCAAGGGGUGUGCAGGUGCGUGAUGCUGCUGGGAGUGACUCCUAUCUCUUGAGAUGGUUGGGCAGGCUCGCUGAGCGUCGGGGGGUUAAGGAGAGUCAGGAGCUGAGGAGGGUUAGUCGGGCGACAACUUGGCAGAGUACCUUGUGUAUCUAUGACUGCGUUGGGUGCCAUUAGGUUUGUCGAGCUCCAAAAGGAGCAUGCGGGAGGCUGAGAUAGGU